AUGAAAUUUGACAAGAGAGAACUGUAUAGGGAUCUAAAAUCUAGCAGAGAUUUGAGUGACAGGCUAAAAACCUUCUUGCCCUUAAUUAAGCAAUCAAAUGAUGCAAUAAAAGCUAAUCCAGACACUUUAUUACACUCUGUAAGCGAUUAUUCAGUGGAGCCACUGUGCAAUCCUUCAAUAGAUUUGGUUGAGGAUGAGCGUAUCACAAUGGAUAUCCAAAUGGGCGUGUUUGAUGUAAAUGAUGAUAUUGAAAAAAAGUUGGUAUCUAUGAACGACAUAACAGUCGUGCAUUUGGAAGAUACGGCGGAAUUGAAAGAAAAUAUGGACCCUCUAAUUACAGAAAUUAGUUCGGAACAAUUCGAAACAUAA